AUGUUUUUGUAUAGGUUACUUCAAAGUGUGAGCAGCAGACUCAAAUCCCUCCCCAUAACGGAGCUGGUGGAAGCAGCCAACGCCGCUUUAUUGCCGGAGGAGAUUGAUAUAGAAGAGUUGCAUAACUCAAUGCAGCGAGACAGCGGAGCCGACAGCUCAAACGGCACAAACUCGGCCGAACACAAGCCGGAACUGCUGUGGUGGCGCAAUGAGCUAACCCUGGACAAGUGCCGACUGACCCUGAUGGGUUUCAGCAAAGGCUGCGUGGUGCUCAACCAGCUCAUAUACGAGUUCCACUACACCAAGACCCUCACGCCGGGAGAUGAGCACAUGGUGAGGUUCAUAGAGCGGAUAGAAGACAUGUAUUGGUUGGAUGGUGGCCACGCGGGCGGAAAGAACACCUGGAUCACGUCCAGGAGUCUGCUGGAAACACUCACCAGGCUUGAUGUGAACAUCUACGUGCAUGUAAGCCCAUACCAGGUACAAGACGAAGUCCGGCCCUGGAUUGGCAGAGAGGAGAAGGCGUUCACUAGUCUAUUGAAGAAACUCGGCGCCAAGGUGGAGCGCUAUCUACACGAUCAGCCCGACGCGCCGCAUUCUCUGCACAUGCACUUCGAAGUGCUCACAGCCUUCGCGAACCCAAAAUGCCCUCCGCUCUACAACACGGACUCUGAUGAAGACAUCUAA